CAUAAAGCCACACACCCAUCCUUCUCUCUCAUUUCAACUCAACAAUGGCCGAUCAUUUCUCCUUCCUUACUGAUAGUGACGAUGAUAGAGCUGUUGAAGAUGUUCUCGAACAAGCAAUGGAUCACUCUGUUCUCGAACAACUCGCUGCUAUCAAUUGUUCUUCUUUCUCUACGACCGACAACUUACCUUCUCACCUUGAAACCCGAUUCCGAAAGCUUAAGUCCCUCCCUACCACCACCGCCUCCCCCGCCGCUUCUCGUUUUCCUCCGUCGAAAUCCAGGUCGCUCAGGCCACGAUCCCGCAACGAUGUGGAUUUAGACGAACGACAUCCAGGUUUUUGCGGUUCUGCUGAUUUUGAACGAAUACCAGAUGGAAAAAAGGGUUUGGAAUCGCCUCCUUCUAACGACAGUCCAGAAGAGCAAUCCGAUGGAAAUCGAUGCGAGAGAAAAGGUUUGGAAUCGAAAUCGAAAUCAAAUUUGAAAUCGGAUACAAGUCCACGCGCUGAGGUUUAUAAACAAAAGGAUUUGAAAGCCAAAUCUGGAACCGGUUCUUCUAAAUCUCAGUCUGAUUCUUGGAGUUUGUCAUCUCCGGAGUCGGACACUGGAACUCUGUCGCCUCCACGGCGGAAGAUUGGUUGUUUGUGGUGCUCUCCGAAGAAGGAAAAGAGUGUUCCGAGGAAACAAGGGAAGGAAAACCGACAGUCGUCGUCAUCAUCAUGGGGGAAUGAUGCUGAUUUUUUGAAAGCAUUUUCUAUAAAAGAACAGAAGAAGAUGAUGAAAAAGGCAAUGAAGGAAGAAGAAAAGAUCAACAGAGAAGCUGAGAAGAUCGUGAAAUGGGCGAAACAAGCGUCUGCUAGAAUGAUGGAUGUUUCUGGUGUUGAUGAUGAGCUCAGUGACAUUGAAAACACCAAAUGAUAGGUAAUAACUUCAAAUACAUACAAAAUUAUAUGGUUUUAUAUUUCAUUUGUGUCCUUAAUCAAUAUGUAAUUGCCGUUUCUGUGAUUUUUAACAUAAAACAUAUGCCAUUGUUAGAAGAAA